AUGAUUAGAGUUAAAAGAACAGAUGGAGUAUCCAAACAUGAAGUUAUCGAAUUAAGGAAAAAGUUAAGAGGGUUAAUAAAGACACAAAAUACUAAACCGAUAAAUGGAGUAAUGCAGUUUGUAGCGUUAAUCGAUGAGAGUUUCAAGUGUUUAGAGAAGCAAGGGUUUCAGUAUAUUCAAGGUCGAACACAAGGCCAAUUUCACCUUAUUGAUAACGUAAAAACGGAAGCCAUGCUUGUUGAGAUUACGGAUAAUGAACCAGAUGAAAUAAGACCAAAUUUUGAAAAACGAAAUAGGAAUGAAAAAUUAUAUGAUUUAGAAGAAUUAGAUGAUGCGGCAAGAACAGCGAUUGUAUGGAAAGAUAGAAGACUCGAAAUUGAGAAAGAAACAACACAUAAUAAAAUCAAUUAUUGGAACAAUCAAGACGGAGAAGUUAUCGACGAAGAGGAUAAAGAAGAUGUAAUUAGCUUGGAUGCAUCAGAAUUCGAUUUCGACGACGAAAAAUCAUUGGGGAUAGGAUAUGAAAAGAUGGAAUGGAUAUA